UGCUAAGAAGCAAGAAACGUCUACUAGCUCCACCAAGGAAGAAAAAGAAGAUCUGCUUUUUAGGUUCACUAGUGAAACAUCCGGUGUAUAUGAAGCUAGCGAAUGUUGUUUGGAGGAAUUACAUAAGGAUUCUGUCUUUUCUGGUACUGGUAAUGGUAUCAUUAAUAAUGUCAACUACUAUACCGUUCACCUUUGACAGGUACAAGUUUCACCUGAAGCUUUAUAACCUAUACCAAAUAUUGAAAGAAACUGACAUUGAUGUUCAAGGCAACAAAGAGUAUCUCGAUCUGACUCCUGAGCUAGUUAUAAGCUUUACAGAUAUUGAUGUUAGGACUUUGCAACAUAAGAUCAGAAGAAAGUUAGAAAGAGCAAGAAAGCAGAUUGAAGAAGGCAAGGAGGUGUUACAAGCCGAGACUAUGUUGUCAGAAGCGCCAAUUAUAACAAUAAGCACCUCUAUUAUUCAAUAUCAAGCUUUUUUGGAUCUUCAUCUCAGUCGCUCUAAUCGAUCGCGAAGAUUUUACUCUUCCAAAAAAGAGUAAACCUGAAAAGAACUGGUGAAAUAAGGAAGGCCAAAUUUCUUGAUUCGCUGGUAGAUAAAGAGAGAAGAAGCAAGAGGCAAUAUAUAAUAUAUAUAACUUAGUGCAAUAAUUGUUGAAGUUUAGCUAGCCUCAUAACCUACUAGGUUGGCAUAAAGUAGCUCGGUUCGUCGGCGACAGAGGUACAAAUAUAGGAACAAGAACUAAAGGCCAUCGUAGAUAUGGUGGAAAAUGGCUCACUAACGAAUAAAAGACUUCACAGACAUAAAUCUAUUGUUUUGAGCAAUUAGAGUACCCUUGUUUUGCUGAAGAGAAGAAUAGGAAGAUGAUCAAAAUAUCAAUAAAGGGUAGCUUGAUAUGUAACAAUCCUAAAUGUGUCUCUAUAAAGCAUGGUCGAUCUACCAAGUCUCAGGAUGCCCUCUCGUAUCUUGCAAUAGGCCUAUCUGAAUUGACCUUGUGCUUUCUCGGAG